AUGGCACCAGCUAUGCUUAUGAACGAUGGCAACGGCGUCUACGAUAACAAAGCAGACGGCAACACCCCGUUCAAGAGCGCCGUUCUGCACAGGAGCCUCCACGUCGAGCCUUACAAGGUAGUUGCAUCCAAAGGCAACUAUCUACAUCUCGCCAACGGCCAGAAGAUCUUCGACGCUACGACUGGGGCAGCAGUUGCAUGCUUGGGACAUGGCAAUGAGCGGGUGAAAGCGGCAGUCGCACGCCAGAUGGAUGAGAUCUGUUAUUGCCAUUCUAUGUUCUUCAAUACCUCCGCCAUGGAAGGUUUGGCGGAUGAACUGAUAGCGGGAACGGAAGGAAAGCUGGCCAGGGCUUUCCUUGUAAGCUCAGGAUCGGAGGCCAUGGAAAGUGCGAUGAAACUCGCUAGGCAGUACUUUCUUGAGUGUUCGCCCCCACAGCCGGACAGGACGAGGUUCAUCGCCAGGAAAGAAUCAUAUCACGGUACUACCUUGGGUUCUCUUUCCAUGAGUGGACAUGUUUCCCGUAGGAAGCUGUUCGAACCGAUGCUCCUUGAUAACAUCUCACGAGUCUCCGCGUGCAACCCUUACCAUGGCAUGCGGAAGGGUGAGUCGACUGAGGACUUUGUCGCCAGGCUCGCGCAGGAACUGGAUAACGAGUUUCAAAGGGUCGGACCGGGCACUGUAUGUGCGUUCGUUGCGGAACCGACUGUUGGUGCAGCGCUCGGCUGUGUCCCGGCAGUACCAGGCUACUUCCCCGCUAUGAAGGCAGUGUGUGACAAGUACGGCGCACUUCUGAUACUUGACGAGAUCAUGAGCGGUAUGGGCCGUACCGGAACUCUCCAUGCCUGGCAGCAGGAAGGGGUUGUACCGGACAUCCAAACGAUCGGCAAAGGCCUUGGUGGAGGCUUCAUGCCCAUCGCGGGAAUGCUGAUCGGCCAUCGAGUGGUUGAUGCGUUCAAAAAGGGAACAGGAGCUUUCUCACAUGGUCAGACGUAUCAGGGCCAUCCGCUCGCGUGUGCGGCCGCGUUGGAGGUGCAGAAGAUCAUUCGAGAAGAGAAGCUAGUGGAUAACGUGAAAGAAAUGGGACUGCUCUUGGAAGGAUUUUUGAAGCAAAAGCUGGCAGAUCACCCAAAUGUUGGCGACAUUCGGGGUCGAGGCCUGUUCUGGGGGAUCGAGUUUGUACGUGACAAAGUUGCCAAGAAGCCUUUCGAUCCGAAGGAUGGCAUUGCUAUGGGCAUCCAUGAUCAGGGGAUGAAACCAGGCUACGAUAUCUACCUUUAUCCCGGCUCUGGUACCGUCGACGGCAAGGUCGGCGAUCACAUACUGAUGGCACCGGCGUACAAUGUGACCAGGGCAGAUAUUGAGCUUCUCGCCAACACGACGACUCGGACGGUGGUUGAUUUCUUUGCCAGGCGAUAG